GCCUUGUCAGAAAUAACAAACGUUGAACCGUGGGUAUGUGCAAACUUAAUUCGCCUCUUUAAAGAGGAAAACACAAUUCCUUUUAUUGCUCGGUACCGAAAAGAGCUCAUCAAUAAUCUGGAGGCUGAUGCCUUGCGAGAAGUGCAGCAAGCAUUGGAAGAGCUGCGUGCCGUUGCAAAGAAGACACAUACAACAAUACAGAAGUUGAAGAAAGAAGGGAAAUUAUCUGGAGGCCUUUUAACGGCAUUAUUAAAUUGCAGAACUUCGGAAGAAUUAGACCAUGUGUCUGCACCUUAUAAAACUGGGAGUAAAGGCACCAAAGCCCAGAGGGCCAAGCAGCUGGGAUUGGAACCUGCUGCUCUCUCCAUCCUGCAGAAUCCUAUGGAACUCAAUCUCUUUUCUUACAUUAGACCCAAUACCAAAGGUCUCUCAACUAUCCAGGAAGUAGAGGCUGGAGUACAGCAUAUUUUAGCUGACAUCUUUGCUAAAGAUAAAGAUACACUGGAUUUCAUCAGGAAAUUAUGUCAGCAAAGGUACAUUUGUAUCCAGUCAGCCUUGGCAAAAGUGUCGUCCAAAAGUGGAAAUGAAAAAGACAUUGAUAAAUUCCAACUGUACCAUGAGUUUUCUUGUAAUAUAAAGAGCAUUCAGCAUCAUCAGAUUCUGGCCAUUAACCGAGGGGAAAAUCUGAAGAUCCUGACAGUGAAGGUCAACAUUCCUGACGGGGUGAAGAAUGAAUUCUGUUGGUGGUGUGUCAAUGAAAGAUGGAGACCAAAACAAUUUUUAAAACCAGAAUUAAUGAGGAUACUACGGAAUUCAGUAGAGGAUGCGUAUAAACGUCUUAUACAUCCUCUCCUUUGUAGAGAAUUCAGAUCAAAGUUGACAUCUGAUGCAGAGAAAGAGUCUGUGAUGAUGUUUGGGAGAAAUCUUCGGCAGUUGCUUCUGACCAGCCCUGUGAGGGGACGUACUUUGAUGGGAGUCGAUCCUGGCUACAAACAUGGCUGCAAGUUGGCUAUUAUUUCACCAACCAGUCAGAUACUCCAUACUGAUGUUGUUUACUUACAUUCUGGUCAAGGAUUUUGUGAAGCAGAGAAGAUAAAGAGGCUUCUGCUACAAUACAACUGUAGCACUAUCGUGAUUGGCAACGGCACUGCCUGCAGAGAAACAGAAGCUUACUUUGCUGACUUAAUUAUGAAGAAGUAUUUUGCACCACUGGAUGUUGUUUACUGCAUUGUCAGUGAAGCAGGAGCAUCUAUCUACAGCGUCAGUCCAGAAGCGUCCAAGGAAAUGCCAGACCUGGACCCUAACCUGCGAAGUGCAGUUUCCAUAGCUAGACGCGUGCAAGACCCAUUAGCUGAGCUAGUGAAAAUUGAGCCCAAACACAUAGGAGUUGGAAUGUAUCAGCAUGAUGUAUCACAGACUUUGCUCAAAGCAACUCUGGACAGUGUGGUUGAAGAGUGUGUCAGCUUUGUAGGAGUUGAUAUUAACAUCUGCUCAGAAAUACUAUUAAGACACAUUGCAGGACUGAAUGCUAACAGAGCUAAAAAUAUAAUUGAAUGGCGAGAGAAGAACGGGCCAUUUAUAAACCGAGAACAGCUCAAGGAAGUUAAAGGUCUGGGUCCCAAGUCAUUCCAACAGUGUGCUGGAUUCAUCAGAUUCAAUCAAGAAUACAUAAAGACCUUCUGCAGUAAUAAGAAAACUGAACCUGGAAGUCAUGUGCUUCUGACUAAAGCAGGUGCACAGGGUAAAAAGAAGGGUAAACCAACACCAUACGCCUCACAACAACCCAAUCCUUUGGACCAAACUUGUAUUCAUCCAGAGUCUUACAACAUUGCAAUGAGGUUUUUAUCGUUGAUUGGAGGAAAUGCAAAUGACAUAGGAAAAUCAGAUAUGCAGCAAAAAGUAAACGCAGUAAUUCAAAAGGAAGGUCUGGAAGGCACAGCCAAAAGGCUAAAUACAACGGUGCACACACUGCAGCUGAUCAUUGAUGGUCUGACUCAGCCUGAAGGCUUUGACAUCCGAACAGAUUUUGAUAAACCUGACUUCAAGAGAAGCAUAGUCUGCUUUGAAGACUUAAGUGUUGGUGCUAUUCUGACUGGAAAAGUUGAAAAUGCAACACCAUUUGGAGUUUUUGUUGAUAUUGGUGUGGGAAAAGCAGGUUUGAUUCCAGUGCGAAGCAUAACAGAAGCAAAACUUUCUAAAGUGAAAAAGAGAAGAAGCCUGGGCUUAGGUCCUGGAGAAAGAGUGGAAGUUAAAGUGCUUAAUGUCGAUAUUGCUCGAUUGAGGAUAACGUUGGAUCUUAUUCGUGUUUUAUGAGAGGG